CUCAAUGCUGGUCACACUGGCAAUUCGCAUUGUUGUUUUGCACUUACUUUGCCGGCCUUUUUAUGGGAAAACAGCAUUAAAACUCUUUAAAUUAAGUACAAAACAUGAAUAAGGCCUCCAGAAUUUUCUGCCCAGCCCUGAUCACACCCAAAAAUGCGGUGGUUAAGCAAACGGAGCAACUGUCCCGCAGUCAAAAGCUGCUCACAGAACUGGGAUUGGUGAAAUCGGGAAGCAAUGGCACCUACCAGAUAAUGCCCAUGGCGCAGCGAUCGGUGGACAAGUUCAUUGAUCUGGUGCAGAGCAACAUGCUUUUGGCUGGUGGGCAGAAGAUCGCCCUGCCCAUCCUGACGCCCACGGGACUUUGGAGGAAGACGGGGCGACUGGAAGGCGACAUAUCCGAGUUCUACAUGGUGCGGGAUCGCAGCGGCAAGCAGUUCCUCAUGAGUCCAACCCACGAGGAGGCAGUCACUGCCAUGCUGGCCACCACCUCACCCAUUUCCUAUCGCCAAUUGCCAUUGAGGCUCUUCCAAAUUGGUCCCAAGUUCAGGGAUGAGCUUAAGACUCGAUUUGGCUUGAUGCGAGCCAAGGAAUUCCUGAUGAAGGACAUGUACUCCUUUGAUGUCUGCGAGGAAACAGCCAGGGAAACGUACUCAGUAGUUAAUGCUGCCUACGAUAGGCUGUUCAAACAACUAGAGGUUCCUUUUGUUAAGGUAAAUGCUGAUACUGGCAUGAUGGGUGGCAGUGUGUCACACGAGUACCAUUACGUAUCGGCCGUGGGCGAGGACAACCUGCUGCAGUGCAACUCCUGCGGCUUUGCUGGCAACGCUGAAGUUGUGAAGGCCCCAACUAGCUGCCCGAGUUGUAACAGCACGGAUUUGAAGGAAGUACGAGGAGUGGAGGUGGCUCACACCUUUCUGUUGGGUGACAAGUACUCUAAACCCUUGGGCGCCACCUUUCUCAACACCAAAGGCAAGCCGCAAUCACUGGUCAUGGGCUGCUAUGGCAUUGGCAUCACUAGGGUUAUUGCUGCCGCUCUGGAAGUGCUCUCAUCCGACCACGAACUUCAUUGGCCAAAGCUACUAGCGCCUUACGAUGUGUGUUUAAUAGGACCCAAGCAAGGCAGCAAGGAGCAGUCGGAAGCGGAGGUGAUAGAGAAUGAACUUGUACUAAAUGUAGGAGAGAUUUGCGGACACCAGGAGUUGCUGCAUGAUGAUCGCAAGGAGCUGACAAUCGGCAAACGUUUGCUGGAAGCCAAGCGUCUCGGACAUCCGCUAACCAUUGUGGUGGGAGCAAAAGCAAUCCGUCAGGACUCCCCCAAGCUGGAAGUGCACACCAGCAAAGGGGAAACUCUUGAGCUUGAUUUAAGUGAAACUCUAAAACUGGUGGCAGAACAUAGUCAGUAUAAGAAGGGUCUAAUACUGGGAUGUUUUCAGCCGGACAAUGAAGAAAGUAAAAGACGAUCAGUUGGCCAUCAGCUUUAGCUUUAUGCAAUAAAGGUAACAAUAA